AUGCUAAAUACACCCUUAUCAUUUUUACCAAAGUUAAUGUAAUUUAUCCAGGAGAUAGGGGAAGAAAAUUCUUCAGUAGAUAUUUAAAAGCUCUAAAAUACGAUUGACAUAAAAUUAUAGCAAACAAUCAUUACCUUAAAUGAAAUACUUCAUUUUUAUGAGUAUUGUGAAUCACAGUAAUCAACUUUUGUAAAUUAUUAGGGAAUUCAUGAAAAUGCAUAGUUCAAGGAAUUGGACAGAUGAAGAAUGGAAAGUCUUAAUAUGGGUUAUCUAGCAAUACUGUUUUGUUUAUUAGAAAAAUAGUGAAGAUUUUGUAUAAUAAUAAUUUAACAAUAGAAAGGAUAGGAUUGGCAUAAUAUAUCUAAUAUCAUCGCUUUUAAAGAUGAAUUAAAUUGUUAAUUUAAAUGGUUUUCUCAUUUGCGCGCGAUGCCUUCAAAUAAAAAUUGGUCAUCUGAAGAGGAAAAAUUGUUGUAUAAAAUAAUGACAAAAGAACCAAGUAUUAAAUGGUUCGAAGUUUAAUAUGAGAUGUUUAUUGAGUCUUCAGGGUUAUAUUUUAGAAAAGCAAAAUAAUACAGAGAAAGAUGGAAUAACUAUUUAAAUCCUUAAGUAAAUAGGUAAGGAUUUUUGAUAAUCUUAGAGGAAUUUGGACAGAAUUAGAUGAUUACAAUUUACUAGAACAUGCUCUUAUUGAAGGUUUAAGAUGGUCUAAUAUUUCAAAGAAAUUAAAGAAUCGAACAGAGAAUCAGGUGAAAAAUCGCUUCAAAAGUUUAAUAAAUAAAGAAAGAAAAAUUACUUUAAUAGUUUAGGAAGCCAUUAAAGAGAUACCUGAAGAUUCCCUCAAAUAAGGAUUAGAUAAACCAACCUGGUUUCUUAUUCACAAAAUUCUUAAUAGAUUAAAGCCAGGUGAAAAAAUAUCAUAACCUAAUUAAAAUCAGCAAGGAAAUAAUGAUUACCAUUAAGAGUAGACUUAUUAAUAACUCAACCAAUAUGGAGUAUUAAUGAAUCCUCAAGAAUAUUAUUUUUAAUAAUUUUAGUAGGUUCCAUUACUUUCAUAAUUGCAACCAUUAUCUUAGGUUUAGUAAAUAGCAUAAUUAUCCACUAUUUCAUAAAUCCCUUCAUAAAUGAAUCUGCACUAAUAAAUAGUACCUUAAUCAUAUCUUCAAUCAUAUCCUUAAUCAUAACAAGAUAUCAGUAUUUAAAUACCACACAAUUAAUCUACUGUUUCACAAUAGAUAUUCUAAUAAUAAUUGAUUCAACAUCAAUAAUAAUAAUCCAUGAUGACAAACUUUUAUUAAGGCUAAUACAUUCCCUAAUAAUUUAUUUAAUAGUAAUAAUAACCACAAUAAUUCAAGUUUAAUUUAUAUUCAUCCUAGCAAAAUACACCUACUAAUUCAAUCGGAACCUUAAGUUCUUAAAAAUCAGAUAAAUUAAUCUCUGAUUAAAUUAAAGAAGAAGAAAAUAGUGGUUCAUCUUCUAAUAAAGAGCCUAAGGUCUAAAAAAUGGUUUGUGUUUCGGCUCAAUCAUCAAUUAAUGGUUCAACAAGUUCGGUAAAUUCUAUUGAUGCCAUUAAAUAAAAUUUUAAUAAUAUGAAUCUAGAUUCAGAAUAGAAUAGUCCUGACUUGAUUUAAAAAAGAAAACAUUAAAGAUCUUAGUCUGGGGCUUUUGAUAUUAAUAAUUAAGGAAAAGUGAAGACAAAGAGAUCAAGAUUUUUUUAUGCUUCGAAUGAUGGUUGA